AUGAAAAUAUCAUCAUUUUCAGGAGUUGUUCCCUCGGGAGUGCCAUUUGUAAGAGUUGUUCCCUCUGGUGGUGGUGCAAGAGGCCUUGAAGCCGAUGCGGUGGUAGUUGGACAAGAACAAGACGGAAGAAGAGGAGGCGUCGGCAGGGGUAGAAGAGUGCCUCCUCCAACUACCACUGGAUCAGACUUAGCACCUCCAACUACCACCGCCUCAAUCUCAGGGCCUCAACCUACCACCACCUCAACUUCAGAGCCUCCUACAACUACCACCGCCUCCGCCUCAACCUCUAAGCCACCUCCAACUCCCACCACAUCAGACUUAGCGCCUCCAACUACCACCGCCUCAAUCUCAGGGCCUCAACCUACCACCACCUCCGCGUCAACCUCUAAGCCUCCUCCAACUACCAUCAUAGCCUCCAACUACCUCCGCCUCAACCUCUAA